AUGCAAACAAGCACUGAUGGUUAUUACAACAUUGAAAUGAUUGACAUGAUGAAUUGUCAAUAUCUAUCAUUUGUCAAAGAAGAAAAACCAAUCAAACACAACGCAAGUGAAAAAGAAGAAAUUACAAGAGAAAUGAAAAAAAGAAAUUAUCAUCAAAUUAGAACAAGAAAGGGAGACAAACACAAAAUCGGAAAGAAGAGUGAAGAACAUAACAAAGAAGAGAAAGAAAACACAGGAAGAAGUGUAGAUGAGACAAUUGAAGAAGAUGAAGGAAAAAAGAAAACAAGAAUAAAUGAAAAGAAAAAAGAAAAGAACAAAAGAACAAACAAAGAAAAUAUGAUAAAAGGAAUGAGUGAAGAAGAAAAGAUGAAAGAAGAAAAAGAAAUACAAUAUUCAAACACACCAAUUAAUCAAGAAAUCAAAAUAUACAAUAUCAUUAAAGAAGGGUAUCAAAGAAUUAAAAAAGGAGAAAUUAUAGAAGGGAAAGAAUAUCAAGAAGAAACAAAGAAAAGUGGAUGGAGUGUUGGGAGUGAUUUAACGAUUAUUUCAAUGAUAAAGAAGUAUGGGAUAAGUGAUAAGAAAGAAAUACAUAACAAUCCAAUCAUUAAAUAUCAACUUGAAGAAAUCAAUGGAAUUAGAAAUGAAGAAUAUUGUCAAAAAGUUAUUUCAGAACGAAUUAAAUAUCUUGUAGAAUUAAUCACAAUAAAUAUAAAUGAUAAAUCAUUUCAUACAAUACCACAUUGA